AUGACAACCUUUAUGCGCCUAAAGAUCCCAUUCCACCUUCGAUCCCCAAUUACAGCUCUCUCCACAGCACGCAGUCAACCACCUCGCACCGUCCUAUAUCGAGGCUACGCAACCAAAUCCUCAAAUGACCCCGAGCAAGCAACAACCACAACCCAGCCGCCAAACUCGCCCAAUCGCCCAAUCCCCUCUAAUAAAGCAAAGCCCACCAUCAACGAGGGAGAGCAUUCGCCUCUUGUAGACCGAGAGGGAAAUCCGAAAGAGGAUAUUCCCGACGACGUCAAGAAGCACAAUCAGGAGAUGGAGGAGCGGUAUGCUAAGCCGUAUAACUCCACUGAUAAUCAUGGCACGGUUAAACCUGCUUUCAAGAGCUAG